AAACUCUUUAAAGUAAUGCUUGAAAGCAAUCUGAAUACAUCAUUUAUUCAUUUAAGAACCAUCAAUACUCAUCGUCAUGUUCGCAUCUCCAGGGAAAAGGAAGAAUCCGUUUAUGAAUCAAGAGAUUUGUCACCAAGCGGCAAACGUUCAGCAUCGCAUCUUAUCCGAUUCACAAUAUUUUUUACCGAAGAGGGUCUGCACCGGUACCCAGGAUAGUAAUAACCAAGUACGCCUCACAACGAUCCGGGAGGAGAUUUAUAACUCUAUGCCCAUAAAUACCACCAAGAUGUCAAUCAACCUUCCACCAUCACAUCCAACUCCAACACCAAGCAUUGCACAACCAACAGAUGACUGUCCUAUGGAGAUAAGUUCUGAAGAGCAGCAUUAUGUUAACAAUAAUCUCAACAACAACAGUAUUUGUGAAAGCAACAGACAAAGGAUCACAAAGUGUUCACGUUGUGAGGCAGGUCAAGGGGGACACUUUCAACACCUAUUUCAAUGACGAUAACCAAGGCAUUUUGAUGUACACAAAUGUGCCAUGCUACUGCUAAUUCAGGGAGAAGGACUUUGCUGAUGAUAUUUCUAUACUGGGGCCAACACGGAGACAUGGUAUUAAUAUUUUGUGACAGUCCUUUACAAUUCUGUUCUCUAUAUCAGUUGCUGUACUGUAUAAACACAAUACACCAGUUUCAAUGUUGAAUCUUUGACAAACUGAAACAAAAAGUAAUAUAUGAAAACUGUAAAAAAGUUUAUUUCAUGUCUGUUAAAGGAGUUGGUACACAAGCUUUCUUUAAUCAAGAACUUUAAAUAAAGCUAGUAAUAACACUGCCUUUAUGAGUUAAUACAAUCAAAAUCUGUGUAACUCAGACAUAGCAGUGCAAUCGUGUUAUCGACUGAGGAAAUCUGGUCAACAACCUGUAAACUAUAGAGGUAUCAUUCUCAUCCUAUCCCACAUUAAUAGAGCAUGACUUCUCAUAAAUGUCUCAUUUUUUUACACAAAGUUUGUGUGUAUACUGUUUGAUAACACAUUGUCCAGUAUAAUUCAUUUCUAUGUUUCUGUUUUCAUACUCAUUUAUAUAUGGAGUGGUCAAGCCAGAUAAAGUUAACAGCCUUUAUUUUACAUCUCGUGUAAAGAUAUGGACUUUUCAGGUGUUGAUACACAUGUAAUUGCCACAAAUAUUUGGAAUUAGGAUUUAAAUCUUCUUAUCACUGCAAUAUAUCUGUAAAAGAUAUGAAAGGUUAUGGAAUUAUUGAAACUUUACCUGAAUGACUGUUUCAUCAAUAUCAUAUGAUAUUUUCUCUCUGUGCUGAUAUUGACAAUUAGUGAGUUGCUUCCCCUAGUCCAUUAUGGCACAAAAGAUGAUUAAAGCCUUUCGUUACCAGGCUGUAUCUCAAGUCGACUUGUUUAAUUGGUUAGAAUUAACCAUUGGGUUGUGAAUACAAAAUCAAAUUGUUUGCACCCAGUAAAUUCAAAGUAUGUCCAUUUGACCAAUCAUUAUCUCUGGCAUUGUUGAUAUUGAAAAUUUUCACUAACCAUUGGGUGAUACUCUAACCGAACAAGGACUUUUGGUUUAAAAACUAUGUACCGUAUGUGGAAAAAUUCACACAAAAUGAUUUAGGGUGAUUAAGAAAGGCAAACUAUAUACUUAGUUGAUUCCCCUUUCUGUGUAAAAAUACUAAUGUGUUUGCAUCAAUCACAUCAUGUAGAAUGGUCUUUGAUUAGUGGUCUGUUGUUAGUUAUUGGAGUUGUUCAGAUUUUGUAUCAUAUUCUUUGAAAUAGACCCAUAUGUGUGCUAGUAUACAUAUGACUAGAUAUUGUAUACUUUGUGAAUUUUUUUAGUAGGGAGUGUAAAUGAAGAGUGUACAAGUGUGUUAAAGGUAACACUUCCCAUGUCGACAACUGCCCCCUUCAUAGUAAUGGUAGAGUUACAUUGUAAUAUCUUUGUGUAUGUUUUGCAUUAUAUGCAUUUGUUUAUAUUGAUGUUUUUCUUAGAUCUCAAAUAGUUUUAUCUCAGUAUUUUAAACAUGUUUUAGUGAGUAAUCUUACACAUAAAUUUGUAUAAUGGCAAUAAAAGAUACAAUGGAA